AUGUCAAAAUGUUUCCUAACUACAGUACUCCUUCUAGCAGCCAUUUCAAUUUCAACAUUUUAUUUUCUGAAUUCUCAAAAUCUUCUACAUUCUCUAAAAACCUAUCAAUAUUCCAAAUUUUAUGAACAAAUUGUGAAAAAUCAACAAAAUUUGGAUAAUUUGAUUAAGAAAACGAUGGAUGAAGCUGAAAUUAAAGGGAAAUGUGGGUUUUUUGGCUGAAAAUUUUUUGAAUUAAAUUUUUUUUUUCAGCCCUGAUCCCUGCUUUCAUCGAUUUUGAUCGGGAAUAUGCGGUAAGUCUCGAGAAUUUUUAAAUUAAAAAUUUGGAUCUGAAAUUUCGGCUUCAGAUCGCACCAUAUUAUAAUCUAUCAAUUUGUCGAAUCAAAAAAUCAAUGUCAACUUUGAUGAGCGGAAUUUCGUGUGUACUUUAUGAUACUGAUGAUUUUUUCAAAAAUAAUCGAAGUAUUUUGGAGGUUUGGAGUCGGAGGUAAGAAAUAUGGAAGUUUAUUGAGACUAUUCAAAAUUUGGAGAAGUAAAUUUUUUGAAACAGUCAACUUUUUUUGGAAAAAUGUUGAAAUAUUUAUUAGUUUUUCAAUUGCAACUCUAAAAAUUCUAUUUUUCUGAAAUAGUUAAUUUUUUCAAAUCAAAAAAUUUUCCUUAAAAAAAUAUUUUGAAACAGUGAAUUUUUGAAUAGUAAAAUUAGCAAGAAAGAUUUCAUUUAUCAGAUUUCGUGCUUCAAAUGUUGAAAAAAACAAUAUUUUGAAACAGUAAAUUCACAUACUGAAAUAUAUUUGUGGGUGUUCAGAAUCAACUUGUAUGACUAAAUUUAUUUGGCGGAAAUUAUAGUUAUCAAUUUUUUGAAACAGUGAAUUUUUUUUGGAAUUUUUUUUCAGCUAGAUAAAAUUUGGUGUGCAAUUUUACUUUGAAAUACAUUUUUUACUUCAAAAUGUUCUCAAAUGAAGCUGAUGAAUGAGAUUUUUUAUUCAAAAAAAAAAUUAUCACAAUUAUUUGAAACAGUAAAAAAUAAAGAUUUUUACGAGGUGAAAAUGAUUCUCCAGCCACUUGUCAAAAUAUUUUCGUUACGAAAUUUCAAGCAAUUUUUUUUCGCUGUUUCAAAAAUUAUCAUAAAAUGUUCUCCCAAUCACAAAUCUCUGAAAAUCGAUUUGAAAAAAAAAACUCCCCAAUUUUUUGCAGAUAUUGUGCUGAUAAAAACGAAUAUCGUCGAUUGAAUGAAGUGAAAUGGACAAUGGGAGCAGCACAUCAUACAUUUUCGAAAAUAGUUGUGAUUCGAAAUCCGAUUUCGCGUUUCAUCUCGUUCUUCUCCAACAAAUGCAUUUUGUGAGUUUUUUUUCGGAAAUUUGGAAUUCAAAUUGAAAAUUGAAUAGGCAGAGGGUUUGUGUGUAGUUUGAUUGAUUUUUUGUUUCGGGAAAAUUCACUGUUUCAAAAAUUUCAUAAAAUUUUAGGACUGAAUUUUUGACAUGAUUUCUUUUUUUGAUUUCGAAAUUCAGCAUUUUCAAUGAAAUUUUUAUGUAAAAAAUUCACUGUUUCAAAAAUUUCAUGAAAAUUAGGAAUUACAUUUUGAACUCGUUUACAACUUCGCACUUACCAGAAAAUUAGUAUAAAAAUUUUUUUUUGGAAAAUUCACUGUUUCAGAAAAUCCAGAAAAUUUUUAGAAUCAAAUUUCUAAUAAUGCAAAACUUCACAAAAUAGAAUUACUAUUUCAAAAAAUUUACAAAAUUUUUAAGAAAAAAUUGACUGUUUCAAAAUGUAAACAAGUCACAACUAAUGAAUUUUGCAAUGUUGAGAAGUCACUGUGUGUUUCAAAAAAUCUAAAAAAAAUUCCUGAACAUUUUUUUUCGAAAGACAUUCAGAAUGAAGAAAAUGCUUCCUGAAAAAUACACUGUUUCAAAAAUUUCUCAAAUUUUCUAUCUUAAUUUUAUCCAGCGAUAUUUGCUUUUAUGAAAUCUCGUAAAAUCCACGUGGCAAGGCAAUAAAAUACUAAUUUUUUUUACAAAAAUGAUUUUACUGUUUCAAAAAAUACUCAAUUUUCUAGAUAAACUCAUUUUUCUGAUAUUUUUUGUAAUCUACUUUGAAAAUUCAAAAAUCUCAAUUUUCUUUAAUUUCCAGCGAAGCCAAAAAAUAUCCACUUCGUAAACAAUGCUACAAUUGUCGUGGCAAUAUAACCUGCUUCCUAAUCAAUCAAUACAAUCGUUUCCUAAUUCAUUCAUCCGGCAAAUCUUUGCUCAAACCAUCUUACGAAGAUCGACACGCGGCGCCGCUUUCAUGGAAUUGUGAAUUUCGAAAACAUUUCAACGACUAUAAAAUUGCCAAACUUUCUGCUGAUCCCGAGAAAAGACAUGAUGGAAUUGAUCAACUUUUGGAAUAUUUUCGAGAAUCAAAUGUUCCAAAUGAUACUUUAUCCUAUAUUCGAAAAGCUGCUUUAGAAGGAGAAACUAAACAUGCAACUUUCGAUUCUGCAGCUCAUGAUAAAGUUCAAGAUCAGAUCGAUAAAGAUCCGGUGAUUAGAGAUUACUUGCGGCGGAUAUAUUUGCUAGAUUUUUUGAUUUUCAAAUUCGAUCACACGAUUUUAAAAUAA